AUGAGAAGGGAAUCAUUUAAAAUGAUCAAAUCUUCAUCACCGAUCAUGUCAUCAUCUUUGUCAAGAGUUCAAAGUUCAGCAGCUAUAUCAAGUCGAGCACAAAAGCAAACAUUGAGAAAUGAUGAAAGUGAUGAUGCGAUGGAACCGAUGGAAAAUUUAAGUUCAGUUGAUGCAAAUAUAAAUCAACAAUUGAAAACACGUACUGAUAGAUAUAAAUCUUUCGGUACGCAUUAUCAGGAAGCAAUUCGUGGACCACAUGCUAGUUUCCGGCUUAGAAUGCUUCAGGAACAACAUAUACAACCCAGUUUUAUACCAAAAAAAGUAAAUCAUACACGAGCAAAAGAAUUAGAAUACAAAUAUUUAAACAAAUCUGAAUUUGGAACAUUUGCUAAACAAAAUGGAAAUGAAACAUUUGAUGGUAAGUUUGAUAUAAUUUGCUAA